CCUUCUCCCAUUGCAAUUUCAAAUCUCCCCUCCCCUCUCCCCUCUCUCGCGCACACCACCGGCCCCCGCUCCUCGCCGCCCCGCGGAACCCUAACCGUACCCUAGCCGCCGCUGCCGCUCCCUCCGGAUGUCGGGCUCCGAAGCGUCAGCGGCGGAGCAGCCCGCUUCGCCCGCCGCGGCGCCCGCGGCGUCGGCCGAGAGCGCCCCGUCCCCUGCGGAUUCGCAGAGGAAGGAGGAGCUGCUGCCCGUGGGGGAGAAGAUCUCGGAAUUGAAUGAAUCACAAUCAGAGCUUUUAGGGAGACUCCGAGGACUUAAGGAGGAUCUGCAAAAUUGGAGGAGCAAUUUAGACACCCAAGUGACGAAGUACAAAGUUGAACUCUCUGAUAUCAAAAGUGCACUCAAUAAUGAAAUAGAACAGCUUCGUUCAGAUUUCCAAGAGCUGAGGACAACCCUUAAGAAACAGCAGGAAGAUGUGUCACUUAGCUUAAUGAAUUUGGGGCUCCAAGAUGCUACUGAAAAUGAUGUGAGCAAAGGAAGUGGAGAGGAGAAUACAAAUGAGGACUUGUCAGCUAACUUAGGGAGCUUGAAAUUGAAUGAUGCUUCUGAAAAUCAUGAUGAAAGCAGAGAUGCUAAGGAUGAUAAGACUGAAACCCCUGCUGAAGAUGGUGCUGCUGACAAGGGCAUCAAGGAGGGGACCCCAAGUGAUGAAUAGAUCAUGGAAUGUAAAGUGAAACGCAAGUGGAGCUGCUUCUCUCAUGGCGUAGGAACUUUAAGAACAGUGAUACUGUAGGUUCUUGUAUAAGAAAACGAGCCCAUGCUUCGUGAUGGCUCGCUUGAUCGUGUAGCCUAGUUGUUAUGGAAUGCUGUUAUGACUUGCUGAGGCUCAAGUGUCCAAUCGCCUCUGGAAUUGCCAUGACAGUUGUUUAACUAAUCGCAAGUAAUCAGCUGGUAUCACCGUAUAAUUAGCAUU